GUUAUGUAGGCCUAGUUCUAGGACGCAGCACAGUAAGAAGGCAUGUGUUAAAGUAGUGCUAUUUAUAAUCUUCAGUUUCAAGCGACGGGAGUCAUACUGGAGUAAUUGUACGUGGAUUUUGAAUAUACUGCAGCCUUUAGUGCACUGAACACGUGAUUUCAUUUUGUAUUAUCUGUACUUUGAAACCUUGUCGUUCAUAAACAAGUAGGUCUACUUUUGCAAUUUAUUUGAAGAUCAUCUAGGUAACUGUGGUAUGAUAUUGUGCAUAACAUACGUUAUGACAGCAGUGAUUUAAUUGUAAAGGUUACUUUAAACAAAGAAGUGUGUGAUUACUUUUAUAUUAUAAUAUUUAGCACCAUUACACAACUUACCAAUGACAUUGCAAAACAGGUGCCCUAUAUGCUUAGUUGUGUGAGCCCACAUCUCUUUGAACUGCUCAAAAACCUGUUUUGUCCUGUUCAUGACACAACAAUGGAAGGUCUGCACAACCUGCAGCCAUAUCCAGUGCUCAGGAUGAAGUGUUCCAUGUCACGUGAUACUGACAUUUCACAUGAACGAAUUGCUUUAGAUGGUGAUUUUCUAAGUUAUGCCCCUAAUGAAGAUGACAGGGUGGGUGUGUACAUUGCAGCACAUCCACUAACCCCUGAUAUGUGCUAUUAUGAGGCUGAGAUUAUAGACACUGGUACAGAUGGAAGCAUCUCAGUUGGGUUAUGUUCAAAGCGAUGUCCACUAGAUGCGCAUAUUGGUUGUGCAACUGAAUCUAUUGGAUUUAUGACAGAAUGUGGGAGACUUUAUAAGGAGGGAAGCAGGGGAACACAGUUGUGCAUACGAUGUGAUUGUGGGGACAGAAUCGGUUGUGGAAUUAAGUUUGAUCAGGUUUUAGAAGGAAGAGGAGACCCAUUUUGUACGAUGGUUCCAGUAUACUUUGCCCGAAAUGGGAAAGAAUUGGUCACCGAACUAGUGUCGCUACCUAGUGGAGGCCUCUACCCUGCAGUAGGAAUGGAUUCAGUAGGAGGGGAGGUGAAACUAUUCUUGGGUUUGAAUUGGGUACCUGAAGAGGACAGUCUUAUGUCUGUUGACACCAAUGAAGAGGAAUGGUAUCGCCUCAGUGACAUUCAGCUCAAUGGACAGGUGCUGGAGUAUACAGGUAGAGGAAAGAGCAUAAAAGACGUAGGACUGGCACAGGCAAGGUCACCACUUAACACAACAGUUCAUUAUUUUGAAAUAGAAAUUGUGGAUCCCGGAGAGAGCUGCUACAUAGCCAUUGGCCUCACUAGGAGAGACUACCCCAAGCACAGGCAUCCUGGCUGGAGCAAGGGAUCUAUAGGUUACCAUGCCGAUGAUGGCAAGAUCUUCAUUGGCAGUGGCGUAGGUGAUCCAUUUGGACCACGCUGUCAUAAAGGAGACAGAAUGGGCUGUGGAAUACUGUUCCCUAGAGAUUAUGUGUGCCAAUAUGACAGUGAUGGUGGCUCUGGAGAGGUCAGCUCCUCUCCAACCGGAAUGGACAACCUGCUAGAGUUAACUCUUGACACAAGUGACAGCGAGGAUGAAGACUGGUGGAACAGUCAAUGUGGGAUUGAACACAGUAGCAAAAUGAAGGUUUUCUUCACAAGAAAUGGCAAGAUGGUGGGCGCACGACAAGUCUGCAUCCCGAAGGGCGGCUUCUUCCCAACAAUAGGAAUGUUGAGUAUGCAGGAGAAGGUACGAGUUGACCUGCGACCCCUUACAGGCUGAGAUGAUAUGUAACAUUUUGAUACUCUUUUGUAUAAAUGACUUUUAUGGGCAAUUAACAUUGCUAUUUUUUCACUAUUUAUAUCAACCCUGUCUUUGAAGGAAGAAAUGUUUAUUAUGAUUUAAGGUUCUCAUAGUGGUGGAUAUGAAGAUGGCUCUCAUCUGGGUUAUAGCACCAUGUAAUCUGAUAGACUACCUGGCAUUACAACCCAGAAGAUAGCUGUCUUAAGAAAUUUUAACUGUCACAACCACAGAAGUAACCAGCUCAAUGGAUAGUCUGAGUGUCUACAAUUUGAAAGCCAUUUUUAUCUUCGCCCAACCUGGCUCUUAUACAUAAACUCUCAUCUUUUUUGUUUGGUUCCUUAUUAAGUUAUUUUGUGAUACUGUUUCAACUGCUGAGCACAUAUGGCAUGAAAUGUGUAAGAAGAUUGUUAUGAAUGGUGGUCAUAUUCUGUUUCAAGGUACUUCACAGCAUUUCUCUAGUGGGACUGAGGAGAACCAAGUUAAACCUCAGUCAGGGUAGACUGAGAUUUGAAUUGUACAGACUAGAGGAUUACCACUGAACUGAUCUGAUUGGUAUUUUACAGUGUACACUGUGUAAAGGACUUUACAUGCCUCAGAAGUUUGCACAGUCUCCAUAUUGAUGAUGUUAAUGACAAUGACCACCAGUGACAACAUGUCCAUUCUGAGUUCCAUGAAAAUCAGUUUGUUGGGUUGGACAGACACAUGUGGACAUAAUGAUAUAAGCCUGUCAGUCCUGUUAAUAUGAGGACAAUAGCUAUAUAGGAGUGUAAUAUCCUCUUUUAAGGAUUAAGGGAAGUAGCCAUGGGAAGCAUUGAACACAGGUCUUUCAUGCGUGAAUUAGAUAAUAUGGGAAAGGAGAGAGAGAACUUGCUGAUUCCACAGACAUUGACAGUAGCAGAGUGUUAUAUACAGUGCCAGUUUGCUUCACCUCUGAUAAGUGUUUUGUAUACCCAAAUUUAUUCAUCUUUGUUUUGUGGAAUUUUGUAUAUAUAUGGUUUUCAUUCUUAAAUUCAUUACUUGUUUAGACAACACAUACCUGCUUAUAUGCGGUUUGUUCUGUAGAAGGUGCUAAAUUAUAGAAAAAUAUAAUUUUUUCAAGUUCAGAAAUUAAAAUUAUGGAUCAAGAAUCUGAGGAAACCUCUGCUAAUAUCCCUACUGCCGCCAGUCUGCCUUGAUGUCACCCCUUUACCUAUUUCUUGUUAAUCUCUUUGGUUACUUGAAGAUUAAAUUAAAAUGUUUAAAUUCUGUUUGGUACUUCUGUUAAGGCUAAGACAGUAUCUCAGUUGUCUGUAUCCUGUUUAAAUUACAGAAGCUUGAAAACAUUAAAAUUAAUAGAUAAGAUAUAUAGUAAAAAAAAAAAAAUUAACUGUUAAAGAUGUCUUGAAACGGCACUUUACCUUAACUUGAAUCCGCAUAUAAAUGGCAGCAUGUCCUCAGUGUCUUGGCAGUGUGAUAUUGCCAUUUGGACAGGGCGGCAGACCACAUCUUGAAGGUAAUACUAGUUUACAGUGGGUUAAAUAUGGACCAUAUAGUGUAUUAAUAUGUAAAGUAUGGCAUUCGUAUUGGACAUGUCGCAAAAUGUUGGUCUGCAUAGCACUUCUGAGUUUAAUGGUGUUAAUCAGGAAGGUGUAAGUAAAAGUUUGUCCUUUCAGUCCCACAGACUGAAAUGUAUCACAGUGCAAUAAUAUCAUUUCAUGCAGUGCAUCUCAGCUCUAUGCAGCCUAGUUGAGGUGUUCUGUAGUGUUUCCUACAUGGUGCUAAGUUUGUAUAUUAAUGUACUGUAUAUAUAUGUAUAUAUAUAUUAAUUAUACUUUUUCAUGGUAAUUUCAUUGCAAAUAAACUAUCCACCAUGAACACUUGCA